AUGCUUUCCCAAAGAAUAUUGCGAUUGGAAAGGUUGAAGAAUGCAUGCUUCCGCAGCUGUGCCACCGCCCCGACAACUGCAAAGGCGGCGCCAACGCAAACCCCAGAAGCUCUCAAGCGCUUCAUCGUCGACAAGAUUCGGGCAACAGGGCCAAUAAGUGUAGCAGAAUAUAUGAGAUUGGCUAUCCGAGCACCGGUCGUCGGCUACUACUCUGGUUUUGCCAAAGAUGAAAAGGAGGUUUUCGGAAGCAAGGGCGACUUUGUCACCUCGCCAGAACUUACAUCGAUUUUCGGAGAGCUUUUGGGCGUGUGGUGCUAUGUGGAGUUGCAGAAUACAGGAUAUCAGGGACCUUGGGCGCUAAUCGAGAACGGACCCGGAACCGGGCAAUUGAUGUUAGACAUGCUCAGCUCAUUGAGGAAAUUGAAGGCAGCCAAUUUCUCUGUGCACCUCGUGGAGACAUCAGCCGCAUUGAUUGCCGAGCAGGAACUAAAACUUUGCGGUCAAAAUUCGGGCGAUACCGCCGAAUCGGACGCAGGAUAUCUUCGAAAAAAUGUGACAAAAGAGGGAAUUCCGGUCUAUUGGUAUAACGACGUCGAAGAUAUUCCGGAACAGUUUUCCGUUUUUGUCUCGAACGAAUACCUCGACGCGUUGCCCAUCCAUCAAUUCAAGCGGAAUUUGAGCGGAAAGUGGAGUGAAAUCUAUGUUAACAUCGACCCUAACAAUGAUCUGGUAUUUAUGGAAUCCAGAGGGGACAAUUUGCACACAAGGAUACGAACAAAUGGUGGCUUCUGCCUAAUGAUCGACUACGGACAUGAUGGCGAUCGAAAAGACUUUUCAUUACGCGCUUACAGUAAGCACAAGCUGGUAAAUCCGCUCUCAGCCCCGGGAACUGUCGAUUUGACGGCUGACGUCAAUUUUGGGCACCUAAAAUCGCUUGUCGAGGAUCGGGUCUUGACGUAUGGGCCCCAGACACAACGAGAAUUCCUCGGGCAGCUUGGCAUCCAGGUGUACCUUCGCAGCGCCCUUCAUCGAUUAGGGACCAUGGAAAAGCAGGAGCAAUUGCUUGGCGCCUGUGACUUUUUGAUGAACGAAAUGGGCCAAAAAUUUAAGGCGGUCGCCCUCUUCCCCAAGACGCUACAAGAAAUCCUCGAGAAACGUGGCGGACCCACCGGAUUUGCCGGUCUCGACGAAAAGCCUGUGAAUCAGAAA